AUGAGCGUGAAGGUACUCGUGGGACUUGCUACAGCAUGCAGUGUCUUCGUGAUAAUUAUAUCUCUAGUUGCUGUUUGCAUCAUUUACAACGAUAUUAAUAACUUCUAUGAUGAUGUUAUGGAUGAAAUGGGAGAGUUUAAGACUGUAGCAGAUGACACAUGGCAAAGGAUAUUGUUAUUGCACAUGCAUCCGUCCGGUAACACUGAUGCAACUCCAACCUUUUCAAGCCUUUUUGCAAGGUUCAAACGACAAUUUCAGUUUCCCGAGCGGUGUAAUUGUGGACCUUCUGCAGAAGGUUGCCCAACAGGUCCACCUGGACCACGCGGAGAUACAGGUGAAAAAGGAACAGACGGAUAUCCAGGUGGAGAUGGACCACGAGGUCCACCGGCUAUCGUACCGAUAACAACACCUAUGCCACGCGAAUGCAUUGAUUGUCCACCGGGACCAAGUGGACCAGAAGGACCACAAGGAGAAAUGGGAGAAAGUGGACCACCUGGAAAAGUGGGUAUGGAUGGAAGACCAGGAGCACGAGGGAGACCAGGACAACAAGGACCACAAGGUGAACCUGGUAAUCCAGGACCUGAUGGGACACCCGGACAACCAGGUCCCCCAGGUAGAGAUGGUAAACGUGGAACUGGACCACAAGGACCAAAAGGACCAACUGGAUCACGUGGACCAUCAGGACCUCCAGGUGAAGAUGGACAAAAAGGUGCUGAUGGGGAACCAGGCGAACAGGGACCACCUGGAAGGAAUGGUAAUGAUGGCAGACCCGGUACAGAUGGUAGACCGGGAACGCCUGGAGCUCAAGGUCUAUCAGGCCCAGAUGCCCAUUACUGCCCAUGUCCACCACGAAGUUCCGUGUUUCUGACAAUGGCAAAGAAGGCAAAGCAAAAGUCAGCUUAA